AUGAGUUUGAUGAACCCACAACAAUUCAUAACAUUUUGUGAAGAAUUAUACACAACUCCUAAUAACCAAAGAAGGAAAGAGCUUAUAGGGGUAUUGCCUAUUUCAUUAGAAAAGAAAGAGGAUCUUUCAGAUUAUCUUUCAUUAUUACUUCAAACUGAUAAUGUUUAUGCACAACAAUAUAUCAUAUCAUUAAUACUUAACUCAUUUAAAUUAAAUCCGUCAACUUUUUUAUCUAGUUCUAAUGAUAUACAAACAACUCUUUUAAAAGUGAUUCAAAAAAGUACAACCCAAGGAUUUAUUGCAAGGUCGUGUUACAAUUUGUUUUCUAUUACUGUGGUUUAUUCAUGGAAAAACCCAGAUAAUUCAGAAAUAUUUUUAUCAACCAUUAGAGCAUUAAUUAAUUCACUAAAACCAGUAUUAAUAAACAUUUCAGUUCAUUUAAUAUUUUGUGUAUUAGAUGGAGCACAAAGUAAUUUUUCGAAAAUGAAUUUAGAGAAAAAUCAAAUAUCAAAAAUUAAAACAACAGUUAUAUUUGAAUUAAUGAAGUUAUUAAUUUCCCUUAUAAAAUCUGUUCAACUUAUUCCUAAUAAUGAAGAAUUAAUUAAAACUAUAUUAAAUUCAUUAAAUUCAGGAAUUGGGUUAUGCCAUUCUUGGCAUUAUGAUGAAGAAGAUGUUAAUUGGAUUCAUUUACCUGAAAAGAUUUAUAUUAUUGUUCAAGAUGCAGAAUUUUAUCAGAAAUUAAUUGAAAUAUAUGGUGUUUUUGCUUCUACAAUAACUUCAUCUGUAGUAAUGGAAUUAUUUUUUGUUCUUGCAUCGUUAAGACAAAUUAAUGUUCCUAAUGCAAUGAGUAAGCAAAGAGCAAUUGAAUUAUUAUCAUUAUUUAUUCAAUCAGUAAUUGAUAAAGAAAUAGGAUUAUAUACAAAUGAUAAUUUUGUACUUACAUGUCGUUUUUUAAUGAAAUUUAGAACAACUCAACUUACAGGAUCAACAACAACUACUGAAUGGUUAAAGUCAGUUAGUAGAUUUACUAUUAAAGUGUUUCAAAGUAAUAAUAUGGUAUGUAUUUCUAAUAUGUUAAGUUUUUGGAUGAAAUAUACAUCAUCAAUGUUUAGAUAUCCAGAAAAAGUACAAGAAUGGAAUAUAAUAAUUAAUGAAAUAUGUCAAGUUUUUAUUCAAUCAAUGAUAUCAAAAGAAGAGUAUUACUUUACUCAUGACCCAAGUGAAGAUCCUCUUCUGAAUGAAGAACAAAUUCAAUUAAUUUAUGAAACUUAUGGACCAAUUGCAAGAUAUUCUUAUGAAUCAUUUUAUAGAUAUGUUAAGUCAAUAUUUAAUAAAACAAUUCAAGAAUUUGCAACAUUAUGUUCUGCUCCAUUAACAGAACAAAACAAUAUAAAAAAGAAUAUUGUUUCAGGUCAAAUUGCUUUUAUUAUUGAAAUGGUUGUUGGAGUAUUAAAAGCUAAGUUAAUGAUGGCAACCGAUUCAUUAUCUAUGAAAUUAGACACAUCUAUAUCUAAUAUAAUUUUUCCAUUUGUUAUUCAAUAUAAUCAUUAUAUUCAACGAGCUGGAUAUAUUAAAGAUAUCAAAGAGAUGGAACCAAGUGGAGAUUUUAGGUUACAAAAGGCAUGUAUUAAUUUUAUGACAGUAUUUAGAACUACAUUAAUUGCAAAAAAUUCUGUUUAUAGUUUAAGUCAAAUGGAAGUAGAAAGAAUUGCAACAACAGAAGACUUCUUAAAAUUUUAUCUUGAAAUGGUUUCAACAAUAUUAAAUGAAUGGAGACAUUCAGUAGUAAUUAUUACUAAAUGUUUAGAAUUAUUUACAGUUAUAAGUUCAUCAUCAUUAUUUAAUUAUCAAUUAUUUAAAUUUGAGAUGGUAAGAAAUAUGGUAAGUCAAAAUCAUAUUUCAUUAUUAUCUAAUUUUAAAGGAACACCAAAACAAUUAAAAAAAAUACACUUUGAAUUAUAUAGAACAUUAGGAACAAUUUUAUUUAAUUGUAGGUUAUCAAUUUAUUUACCUUUAUUCUUAAAACAAUUUAUACCAAUCAUUGAACAAAUUCAAUUAUAUAUCAAACAACCAAAUUCAAAUUUUGAUACUUCUAUUAUAUUUACUUUAUUUACUGAUUUACGUUCUGUUAUAAUAACGUCAAAAGAUUGUGAAACUGUUCCUAUGUGUUUAUAUGAUUUUCUUAUUGUUCAUAUUUUUCCUUUAAUAACUCCAUUAAUUUCUUUAUUACAAAGAACACCAAUUCUUCUUAUUCCCCUAUUACGUUUACUUAGUGAUAUUGCUUCAAGUAAAAAUUUUCAAGAAAAUUUCCCAAUAGAAUCACCUAAUUGUAUGAGAAUAUUUAAAGGAAUAACUAUGGCUACUGCAUCCUUAUGUAAUUCAUUUAUUCAAAAUUUAAAUAAAACUUAUCAAAAUCCUUAUUUAGAAUGUUUUAAACCAAUUUGCCUUUGUUUAAGAGCUAUGUCAGAAUGUUUUAAAUGUAAUUUGGUUAAUUUUGCAAUAUUUCAAAUGUAUCAAGAUAACAGUGUUGUAGAAACAUUAAAUGCUGUUCUUGAUACUGCUUUAAGAAUACCAUUUAAUGCAUUAGAGGAAUAUCCAAAAAUAGUUAAAGGAGUUUAUUCAUUUAUAGAUAGUUUAUCAUUAAUCUGUAAUUCAAAUGUAUUAAUAUUUACUGAUAAAGAUUUACUUAAUAUUCUUCAAUUAGUCAUUAAUGGAAUGAAAAUGAAAAAUGGAGACAUAAUUUUAAAUUGUUCUCAUUUUCUUAAUGGAUUAUUAGAUGCUAUUUAUUCUUCUAUUAAAAGAAAAAGUUUUGGAAUAGAUAAACUUAUUCAAAUUUGUUCAAAUAGUUUUGAACCAAUACUUUGGAUUUGUUUCGAUAAUAUUUUAAAUGACUUUGAUAUUUGGGCAUUAUCUAGACCUAUUCAAUUAAUUUUCUUAUUAAGGCCUAAUUCUUUUGAUACUUUAAUGCUUGCAUUAACAAAAAAAAUUAAAUCACCAAUAAAACAACAAUCAUUCUUGAAUUAUUCUUCUACUCUAAAAAAUUCAAUUGAUCCAAUUUAUAACGACGUCACCCAAGAACAUUUUGAAGAAUCUUUAAGACAAUUUGUACAAUGUGUCAAACAACUUUUUGAUUGA